CUCUGGAUAAGAGCGUCUGCUAAAUGACUAAAAUGUCAAAUGUAAUGGUCGCUGUGCCAACAAGAACCCUGAUCCAUGCGCCCACACAUUCGUUAAAUCCAAAAAUCUGAUUUGGGUGAGGCUCAAUUAUGAUUUAGACCUGAUAAGAGUCAGUUCCAUAUUUAAUUGUGAUUCAUCUGCACACCUGAUCAGUAUUAUGUCAAUUUCAAGAAUGUGUUUUCAAUCAGCAAAAUUGAAAACAUAAAAGUCUUCACAUCUUGCACUGGUGGCUAUAGUGUUGAUAGGUGUUUGUGGAUGUUGUCCCUCUGUCUGUCUGCUCCAGGUGCCAGAUCACGGCUGGGUCAUUGCUGACUGUGACUCCAGUAAGUGUCACUUCUGCAACAAGAAGAUCAAGACCCUGGCAGGGAAGCAUUGCUUGUGGUGCUAACAGAUGGUGAGUGUGUGUUUGUGCGUGCAUAUUUGCUUGCUUGAAUGUAUGUGUACACACAGGCUGCCGCUGGUCUUUACAAUGACUGUCUUGUAUUAGCGCCAUGACGACUGUGUGAACUUUGGGUCAUCAUCGUGCGACUGCGGGUCUCUAAGAGACCACAUUCUGCCACCGUGGGCCAUAUACUCAGUCUCCAAGGUCAGCCAUUAAACCCAUGACAAGCCCAUGACUCCGUUCCACAACAGUUUGCAAAUGAAGUCACAUUGUUUAUAGCCAUACAGACUAUUCUUCCGCUAAAAACAAUAAAUGCAGGCAGAUUUUGUCACCCAAUAAUACUACAGUAUGUGUCAAAUGUGUUUAUUCCUUGCCAUGCUCCUAACUCUCUCCGUCCCUGUGUUUCAGGAGAAGGAUGAAGAGGGAAGGAGGAAUUCCAUGGAGGACACUAGCCUAGAGGACAUCACCCCAGACGGGCACAUUCUGCAGGUACACUCUUAGAAAAAAAGGUGCUACCUAAAAGGGUUAUUUGGCUGUCCCCAUAGGAAAACCCUUUGAGGAACCCUUUUUGGUUCCAGGUAAAACUCUUUUUGGUUCCAGGUAGAACCCUUUUGGUUCCAGGUAGAACCCUUUUUGGUACCUUGUGGAACCUUUUCCACAGAGGGUUCUACAUGUAACCUAAAAGGGUUCUACUGGAACCAAAAAAAGGUUAUCCUAUGGGGACAGCCAAAUAACCCUUUUGGAACACGUUUUUCUAACAGUGUAGGGUUCCCUAACUAUCAAUGACAGGGACACACCGUACCAUAUCAACCUCACACACAAUAAUAGUCCUAUCCAUUAGCAUGGGCACCAAUGUGUGCCAGUACUGCAUUUUAAUUUAAUAUGGAUCUGCUAAUGUCAGUCGUAUUUACUGCAAUUGUAUUGUGCUGGUUGCUGCAUGGCAUGCAUGCCGUUGUUUGGGGAAUUUACACAUCAAUCUUUUCUAUUCCCCAUCUCCCUUUGCAGAUUGCUCCAAUUCCAGACACCCACCCUCUCCUGGUGUUUGUGAACCCAAAGAGCGAAGGAAAGCAAGGGGAGGGGUAAGAACGGAGCAGGACAGACAUCAUAAAACAUAUCCUAGCCUGCACUAGUAGCAUGUACUCCUGUGACUGUGAGGGAAUGUCAUGCCAUGCCAUAUAUGUUUCAGAGUGCUGAGGAAGUUCCAGUAGUUACUGAACCCCAGCCAGGUCUACAAUCUCUCCAAUGGAGGACCUGGACCCGGGUAACUUCAAGUGCAGUUUGACCAUCAGGGUGGGAGGGAAGUGGACUGUACUAUUACAUAUGUUAUGUCAUUGUUAGGACAGUAUUAUGUAUGUCUUAUGUUGAAGGGUUAAUGUAAAGUGCUACCUUUUUUUAAUCAAUUUCCAAUUUGGGGAUCGGUGUGACAUAGUUAAAUUAUAUCUUAAUUCUUAUUAUCUGUUAUUUCCACUAUGAAUGUGUAUCAUUGUGUGCUCUUGCUUCGGCUUGCUCUUUGGAGUUUGGGCCGGGUGACUGUAAAAACACUUAGUGACAACUGCUGAUGUAAAAGGGGCUUUAUAAAUAAAUGUGAUUGACUGAUUGAUGUGUACAGUGCCUUUCAAAAAUAUUCAUUCCCCUUGGCGUUUUUCCUAUUUUGUUGCAUUACAACCUGUAAUUAAAAUAGAUUUUUAUUUGGAUUUCAUGUAAUGGACAUACACAAAAUAGUCCAAGUUGGUGAAGUGAAAUGGAAAAAAGAACUUGUUUCAUAAAAUUCAAAAAAAUACAUAACAGAAAAGUGGUGCGUGCAUAUGUAUUCACCCACUUUGCUAUGAAGCCCCUAAAUAAGGUCUGGUGCAACCAAUUACCUCCAGAAGUCACAUAAUUAGUUAAAUAAAGUCCACCUGUGUGCAAUAUAAGUGUCACAUGAUCUUAGUAUAUAUACACCUGUUCUGAAAGGCCCCCAGAGUCUACAACACCACUAAGCAAGGGGCACCACCAAGCAAGCGGCACCAUGAAGACCAAGGAGCUCUCCAAACAGGUCAGGGACAAAGUUGUGGAGAAGUACAUAUCAGGGUUGGGUUAUAAAAAAAUAUCAGAAACGUUGAACAUCCCACGGAGAACCAUUAAAUCCAUUAUUAAAAAAUUGAAAGAAUAUGGCACCACAACAAACCUGCCAAGAGAGGGCCGCCCACCAAUACUCACGGACCAGGCAAGCAGGGCAUUAAUCAGAGAGGCAACAAAGACACCAAAGAUAACCCUGAGUAUCUGUCCAUAGGACCAUUUUAAGCCGUACACUCCACAGAGCUGGGCUUUACGGAAGAGUGGCCAGAAAAAAGCCAUUGCUUAAAGAAACAAAUAAGCAAACACGUUUGCUGUUUGCCAAAAGCCAUGUGGGAGACUCCCCAAACAUAUGGAAGAAGGUACUCUGGUCAGAUGAGACUAAAAUUGAGCUUUUUGGCCAUCAAGGAAAAUGCUAUGUUUGGCGCAAACCCAACACCUCUCAUCACCCCGAGAACACCAUCCCCACAGUGAAGCAUGGUGGUGGCAGCAUCAUGCUGUGGGGAUGUUUUUCAUUGGCAGGGACUGGGAAACUGGUCAGAAUUGAAGGAAUGAUGGAUGGCGCUAAAUACAGGGAAAUUCUUGAGGGAAACCUGUUUCAGUCUUCCAGAGAUUUGAGACUGGGACGGAGGUUCACCUUCCAGCAGGACAAUAACCCUAAGCAUACUGCUAAAACAACACUUGAGUGGUUUAAGGGGAAACAUUUAAAUGUCUUGGAAUGGCCAAGUCAAAGCACAGACCUCAAUCCAAUUGACAAUCUGUGGUAUGACUUAAAGAUUGCUGUACACCAGCGGAACCCAUCCAACUUGAAAGAGCUAGAGCAGUUUUGCCUUGAAGAAUGGGCAAAAAUCCCAGUGGCUAGAUGUGCCAAGCUUAUAGAGACAUACGCCAAGAUACUUGCAGCUGUAAUUGCUGCAAAAGGUGGCUCUACAAAGUAUGACUUUGGGGGGGGGAAUAGUUAUGCACGCUGAAGUUUUCAGUUUUUUUGUCUUAUUUCUUGUUUGUUUCACCCCAAAAAAUAUUUUGCAUCUUCAAAGUGGUAGGCAUGUUGUGUAAAUCAAAUUAUACAAACCCCCCAAAAAUCCAUUUUAAUUCCAGGUUGUAAGGCAACAAAAUAGGAAAAAGGGGGGUGAAUACUUUCGCAAGCCACUGUAUGUGUAUCCCCAUCAGACUCCACUUCUUCCGGAACCUCCAUGACUACAGGAUCCUGGUGUGUGGCGGAGAAGGCACGGUCGGCUGGAUUCUAGAUGCUAUAGGUGCAAGUUACUUCUUCUCCCCUCAAAGAGGUUCAUGACCAGUAGUUAAGGUCUCUGUGUAUCUCUAAAGCUGAACAAUGGCUGCCUUUGUGUGUUCUCAGACAGAGCUGUCCUGCCGGUGCGCCCCCCAGUGGCGGUCCUGACCCUCGGAACAGGGAACGACCUGGCUCGCUGCCUCCGCUGUCGAGGAGGUAAGGGCCCUGUUUAAUAUUAUGGUGUGCAUCCCAACUUGCACCCUAAUCCCUAUAUAGUGCACUACUUUUGACCAAGGCCCAUAGGGAAUACAGUGCUUUGGUUCAAAGGAAAGCACCCCAAAAUCAACGCUCGUCAUGUGUUUCUCUUGUAUAAACCCUCUGUGUCUAUGGAAACCCCUGUAGGUUACGAGGGCACGGAUCUCGGAGAGAUUCUGAAGGAGGUUGAGGAGAGCUCAUUGGUUUCUAUGGACCGCUGGCAUGGGCAGGUGAUUCCAGAGGACACCCAGGAGAUAGGAGACCCUGUGCCCUAUGAAAUGAUCAACAACAACUUCUCUAUAGGCGUGGUGAGUGAUGACCUCAGGGUCAUAGGGCCUGCUUUGGCUGAUUGGCUGUGUGGCUGUUGGAGUCUGUACAAUAUCCAAUUACCUGUGUUUCUCUUUUAACAGCCUUAUCAUAUAUUCAUUGAAUGAAUUGAAUACAUGUAAAUUCUACAGUGUGUCUACUGACAGGAUGCAUCCAUUGCUCACUGCUUUCACUCCAUGAGGGAGAAGCACCCUCAGAAGUUCAACAGCAGGUGAGAGUGAAUAAAGGUUGAGGAUCAAAGAGUGUUGAGUGAAAAAUCUGUUAUGGCUGGGUGUGUUUUCAUUUUAUCUCUCUGAGCACUGAUCCAAAACAAUGUGUUUUUAUGUUGUCUGCAAGGAUGAAGAACAAACUGGGGUAUUUUGAGUUUGCCACCUCUGAGACCAUCUCUGCCUCGCGCAGGAAGCUGAAUGAGUGUCUCAGCAUUGAGGUGAAUACUAAAGAGUUUUACAUUCCAGAUAUUCCAGUUCAGUGGUUUAAUGGAUCUUACCACAGUUUUCAAGUGUACACACAGUCUUAGCAAAAAGGAAAAUGUCUCUUUACCUGUUUGUGGCCCUGACUGUCUGUCUGUCCCUCCGUCUCCAUCCUUCUGUCCGUCCGUCUGUCUCUUAGUGUUGUGGGACACCCCUGGACCUGAGUGGUCACUCUCUGGAGGGUCUUGCCAUCAUCAAGAUACCCAGCAUGCACGGCGGAUCCAACCUGUGGGGCGAGGCUAAGAAGGCAGACAGAGACAUCAUGUCAGAGGAGGAGCCACCUGAGGUCGUCACUGACCACAACGUUUUCAAAAUGAGCUCACAAGGUACUGUGGGGUUUGCUUAUCUCACACAUACAGUGUUGGAGGUUUAUUUUGUUGACUAAUGAUAUGAAUGUGUAUUGUAGCAUUAUAUGUAAUAUUGUCACUUUUCUCCUUACACAGACCAUAUGGUCUGAAUUUGUCUUGGUUAUUAAGUCACUAUGUAUGAGAAUGAAUGUCUGCUUAUCGAGCAAGCGUAUGACAAUGUACAGUAUUUUCAUGUGUUCUGUUCCCUCCCACAGACCUGAGUGACAAGCGGAUUGAGGUGGUGGGGUUGGAGGGGGCUAUCGAAAUGGGUCAGAUCUAUUCUGGGCUGAAGAGUGCUGGACACAGACUGGCUCAAACCUCACAGAUCACUAUCAGGUAG